CUGAUUCCUUUUGGUUCUAAAUCCAAUAUGACAACUGUCAAGGAUCAGCUGAUUUUAAAUCUUCUUAAGGAAGAACAAAGUCCCCAGAAUAAGAUUACAGUCAUUGGGGUUGGUGCUGUUGGCAUGGCCUGUGCCAUCAGUAUCUUAGUGAUGGACUUGGCAGAUGAACUUGCUCUUGUUGAUGUCAUGGAAGACAAAUUGAAGAGAGAGAUGAUGGAUCUUCAACAUGGCAGCCUUUUCCUUAGAACACCAAAGAUUGUCUCUAGCAAAGACUAUAAUGUGACUGCAAACUCCAAGCUGGUUAUUGUCACAGCUGGGGUACGUCAACAAGAGGGAGAAAGCUGUCUUAAUUUGGUCCAGCGUAACGUGAACAUCUUUAAAUUCAUCAUUCCUAAUGUUGUGAAAUAUAGCCCCAACUGCGAAUUGCUUAUUGUUUCCAAUCCAGUGGAUAUCUUGACCUAUGUGGCGUGGAAGAUAAGCGGCUUUCCCAAAAACCGUGUUAUUGGAAGUGGUUGCAAUCUGGAUUCAGCCAGGUUCCGUUACCUAAUGGGGGAAAGGCUGGGAGUGCACUCAUUAAACUGUCAUGGUUGGGUCCUUGGGGAGCAUGGAGACUCUAGUGUGCCUGUAUGGAGUGGAGUGAUUGUUGCUGGUGUCUCCCUGAAGACUCUGCACCCUAACAUAGGCACUGAUGCUGAUAAGGAGCAGUGGAAAGAGGUGUACAAACAGGUGGUUGAGAGUGCUUAUGAGGUGAUCAAACUGAAAAGCUACACAUCCUGCGCCAUUGGACUAUCUGUGGCAGAUUUGGCAGAAAGUAUGAUGAAGAAUCUUAGGCGGGUGCCUCCAAUUUCCACCAUGAUUAAGGGCCUCUAUGGAAUAAAAGAUGACGUCUUCCUUAGUAUUCCUUGCAUCUUGGGACAGAAUGGAAUCUCAGAUGUUGUGAAGGUAACUCUGAUACCUGAACAAGAGGCCCAUUUGAAGAAGAAGGCAGAUACACUUUGGGGGUUCCAAAAAGAGCUGCAGUUUUAAAGCCUUCUAAUGUCA